ACAUUCACCACAUACAGCGACUUCGCGUCCUACCUCGCGGGCCGAAAAUGCUCCACGUGCAGCACGUCCUUUAUCCAGAGCUCAACGGACGUCGACGUGCUGUUCAAGGGGUGGCUGUCUGGAAAAACGCCCAUAACCCCCCGCAUAACAUGCCGAAAGUGCACCCAAAUCACAUGCAUCGCCUGUCCCGGAAGCAGCACGACGACAGAAAAAGACGUCGAGGGGAGUAAAGUGGGGUGGUGCUGUAGCCGCGGCCGGUUAUUCGUAAUCUGGGUGCUAUUGUGUGGGUUUGACGCGCAGUACAGCGCUGCGAAGCGGGCGGAGAGUCAGAGUGCGAGGAAGAAUUGCGGGCGGCGGAUUGCGGCGGGGAGUGGGGUGGGGUAUGAUGGGUUUGAUUUGGAGAGCCUUUUCCAGGGGUCGGGUAUGUUUGGUCGUGCUAAUGGUGUGAAGAAAGGCGAUGCGGGACGGGACCGGGCGGAGAGCGCAGAGGCGAAGAGCGAUGAGUUUUAUCGCAUGGUGUUUUCGCUGCUGGGGGUGCUGCUUCCGUCGCCCGACGAUGGGACUGCGUUCGAUGUUAGCCCGCCGGAGGCUGUGGUGGAUAUGUUGCUGCAUAGUAGGGUGCUGGGGAAGGCGGCGGAACUGCUAAGGAAUGAUUCCCUGGAUAAUGCGACGAAGCGGAAGGGUUUGUAUUCUGCGCUUCUGGCGUUUCUGCGCACGAUUGGUGCGCAUGGGGGGGUGGCGGGGAGGGCGAUGUUUGCGGAGCGCAGUGUGCGCGAGGAGAAUCUUCUUACGCUGAGCUUUUCCGGUGGGGGUGGGAGUUCCGGGGAGAGGGCGUCGUCGCUGGCGGAUGGUCUGCGGAAACUUAACAUCCAGAGCAAUAUGAUGUUGAAGGGGGCGCAGAACAAUAAGCACGAGUUUCAGAAUCAGCACGCGGCGGAUAUGCUCUGGUUGUGUCGCCAGAUCUCGGAUCUCUCGGGUUAUCUGCUUGGGGGCGAGGGGCUGAAGGAUAUUCUUCCGACGUAUUACUAUGCGAGGGAGGCGAGGGGUUUGCGUCAGUCGCCGUUUGGACGCAUACCGAGGCUGAUUACGGAGAUUACGAGUCUGAUGACGGGACUUUCGGCUGGCAUCUUUGUCAAGCAUGGGUCGGAUAGGUUGGAUAUUAUGAAAUAUUCUUCUAACCCUUACAACAUAGUAUGUCUCAGUCUACUUGGAACAUUUUCCGGCGAACCGUGGCACCCAGGUCAAUCCACGAUCCUGCAAGUCCUCGUUAGCAUUCAAGCCAUGAUACUGUGCGCCGACCCUCUGAAUAACGAGCCCGGGAUUGGGAUGGAUCGCUCUAGCAUCGAGUCCUAUACUAAGAUGGUCCGCGGGCUGACAACCAAAUACGCCGUGCUGGCAUGGGCCAAGAGCCCUCCCACGCUGUGGGCGGACGUGGUGAACUCGCAUUUCAGAAAGAAAGCGGAUCGUAUUCUACAGACUGUUGAUCAGUGGGCGCAA